CCCACUCUCAAAACCCUUCCUCAACAGAAAUGACCAACCCCCUCUCCUACGGUGACCUCGGCGUCGCCCUCGCCUCGCGCGGCUGGAAGGCGUCCAUCCUCGAUGAUCGCGACUUCUGCACGCUCUUCCCCAAGGAGAAGCUUGUGGAUGUGGACCCCGCCGGUUUCCUCAAGUGCGUCGACGGCCGCGGCUCCGACGCCGUCGGCAAGCAGCAGCACGGCCCCAAGAUGCUCGGCGGCGUCUACGGCAUCGCCGUCAACCGCGGCAUCAAGACCACCAAGGAGCUCGAGGCCAUCUGCCAGGAGGUCAAGGCCGCCGGCCACGUUCCGACCGUUCACGGCGACGAGGGCGGCAUCCUCGGCUGCGGCUUCUGCAAGCUCUGGAUGAACGGUAAGUUCACCGACGAGGGCGGCGUCGCCACUGCCCCUCCCGACUUCACCGCCGACCAGGGCGCCGCCUGCGUCAAGGCCGCGGGCGGCGUCGUCGAGAACCACGUCGCCAAGCACACCGAGAAGUACGUGAUCCUCAACUUCGUCCCCGGCAAGACCUUCGUCCCCAACGGCAAGGACCAGCGCUUCAUCGUCGACUGCUGGGCCCUCGGCAAGUUCAACCUCGACAUCACCAAGUACGCCCUCACCGCCGCCGCCACCGUCGAGAAGCUCAACCCCGGCCAGAAGCCCUGCCCCUGGAAGGCGUACAUCGUCACCCCCGCCGAGCCCCGCUUCGGCCCCGCCGAGAUUGUCGGCGCGCUCCAGGGCCGCGGCUGGUCCGCGGAGAUCCAGACCCAGUCCAGGAACGCUUACCAGCUCGUGAAGGUCUCCCCCAACGGCUUCCUCAAGUGCGUCGACGGUCGCGGCUCCGACGCCAAGGGUGACCAGCAGCGCGGCCCCAAGAUGCUCGGCGGCGUCUACGGCAUCGCCGUCAACCGCGGCAUCAAGACCACCAAGGAGCUCGAGGCCAUCUGCCAGGAGGUCAAGGCCGCCGGCCACGUUCCGACCGUUCACGGCGACGAGGGCGGCAUCCUCGGCUGCGGCUUCUGCAAGCUCUGGCUCAACGACAAGUUCGCCGACGAGGGCAUGGUCAACGAGUCCAAGCCCAAGUUCUCCGCCGAGGACGGUUCCAAGACCGUCGAGAAGGCGGGUGGCGUUGUCGAGAACCACGUCGGCAAGCACACCGAGAAGGUCGUGUACCUCAACUUCAUCGACGGCAUGACCCUCGAGCCCAACGCCGACGACCAGCGCUUCAUCGUCGACGCGUGGGCGGCCGGCAAGUUCAACCUCGACGUCCCCAAGUACUGCGUCACCGCCGCCGCCACCGUCGAGAAGCUCAACCCCGGUCAGGCGCCGUGCCCGUGGAAGGCGGUGCUCAUCGUCCCCGACGAUCACCCCGACGCCCCCAAGGCGCAACAGUGCUGUACCAUCCAGUAAACGACUGGCUAAUAACCGAUAGCCGCCUAGAGUGGUCUCGGCGCGUUGCUAGUAUUACACAGCCGAGACGACGGCGGCUCGCUGCUGCGACAUAUUCUUUGUAAACAGAUUUUGAACACGGGAAGUGGAGAAAAACCC